AUGGUGGAUCGCACCGUGUACACCCCGGACAAGUUGCCGGAGCUCCCAUUGCGGCAGAUCUUUGGUCGGCAACGAGUUCCGGAAGACUUGUGCCGGCUCGUGGCUGAUGUGGGUCUCCGCAGCGUGGAAACGUUCGCCAUGCUGGGGGACACGAUCACAACGGUCAAGCAGACCUUGAAAACGAUCAUACCAGAUUCUGCUCGUUUCGGCGAUGAUGCGCCGGCGCAGGAGCUUGCUCUUACAGCUCUGGCGGCCGUCUGGAAGCAGUGCUCCACCAUGCAAGAUCACUUCGCAGCUCGGCGAGCCAAAAUGGAAGAAGACCCCAGCAAGGUCCCAGAGAUUCCAGGCGAAGAUCAUGCUGAGUUUCGUGACACGUUCGUGGCUCGUCACCCUGACGUGCUCUUGCCCAUGCAUCGAGAGCCUCAUCGGAAGUUUGUCGAACGUGUUCAACGAGACUACUUGGUGCACGGCUUUGUUCAUUUCUACGAAGUCGGCGAGAUCCGCACCAGGAAUGAGCAGAUCGCUCAGAAAUCUGGGCUCUCCAAAAAUGCAGAGGAUCUCUUGCGUGUGGUGAUGGUAGAUCAGCCUAGUGCGGCUAGUUCAGAAUCUCAGGUGAUGGACAAACUGCAUGCGUUCUUCAUUACCUUAGAAUACUUGAACAUCUGUGAGUUCUCCGUGGCAGCCGGGCCCCUGAAAUACUUGUCUGAUCUGGAGGAGUGGCGCCAUGAGAACCGUGGCCUGGCCUUGCUCUUGGCGGCUGAUGCGUUGAUCCGCAAGAAAGUUCAUCGAGUGAGCUCUGAUCAGCGCAAGACAUUUGGCACGUUCUCUGCCGCCUUGCUUGAGGUCUUGACCAACCACAAACAGCUGUGGAAUGACGCUCGAUCAAGCGCAGAGUUGGACAAGUUCAAGCAGGUGCUGCAGACUACGGCGCCAUCUACACCGUCAAAGAAGCGCUCCAGAUCUCGCUCGCAGUCAGCCCCAAAGGCUUCACCCAAAGCUCGAAAGAACAGGGCUCGUCGUGAACGCCAGAAGGCCUUGCUCAAGAAAGCUAAGGUUGGUCACGCCUCAACGCCACCUCCCAAGUCGGAUCAGGCCAAGAAACCCGCUCGAGAUGAACGGGUCCCGGCCCACGAAUGGCAGAAGAUUACUUCGUUCAAGUAUCAAGGAGCCAAGCGAUGCCCUUUCUUCAACUGCUCACUGGGUUGCCGCUUUGGUGAUCACUGCCGCCAGAAGCACAGCUGUGGGGCCUCACUGGAAGCGCCCCCCGGUCAAUGGAGCUGUCCAGCCACAGUGUGUUAUGAUGGCUUGUCGGCAUCUGCGCCGUCCGGUCGGAAAACGGCUGAUUCUGAGCCGUUCACUGUGCCUGGUUGGUCCCAGUUGACCGAAGAUUUCACCAUUUUGCGCUCGCAUGGCCCAUUUUUCCUGGAAAUUUUUGCUGGCCAAGCAGGCAUCACAGAGGCUGUUCAGCUGAUGGGUGUGCCUGCGCUGCCGCCAGUGGAUGUGGUUGUCUCUGAUCUGGUCAGCGAAGCAGCCGAUGUGUUGGAUCUGGCAGUGUGGGAGACUAUCAUGGCAAUCAUUGCUAUCAUUGCUGCCAGGCUGGUCUUCUUGCUCCAUUGUGGCACCCCGUGCAACACCUUCACUGCAGCUCGCAAAGAUGAUGGAGGACCUCCUCCACUGCGCUCUCGCGAUGCUCCUCUUGGUCUUCCAGGACUCAGUUGGCAAAACCAAGCUCUUGUUUUUAUGGGUAAUCUGUUUUUGAUCCGAACGUGCGAAGCUUGUACUCUUGUUUUUAAUCUUGGAGGGAAUUUCACGAUCGAAGACCCCCUGUUGAGCCUCAUGUGGGCUACGACAAUGAUGGACCAGCUCGUCCACGACACACGAGCUCUGGCUGUUGAUUUUGAUCAAUGUGCCUUUGGGGCUCCGUCCAAGAAGCCCACACGUUUGUUGUGCUCAGCUGAACAUUUCGAGGUGCUCCAGGUACUUUGUCCAGGAGGGCACGUGCACGAGUCUUUGAGAGGCAAAGUGUUCGACCCCCUUCAGGGCAAACUGGUGUUCAAGACCAAGGCUGCGCAGGUCUAUCCUUGGGCUUUGUGUGCGGCGUUCGCCAGCGUUGCUCACGAUCUAUGGCAAGACCCUCUUCAUGCUCUACAACCUUCGCUGCAGCUGACCACGCCCCCUGCGGAUCGCAAACGCGAAGUGGGCUCCUGCAAACCGUGGCUCGGACACAAGCAGGAGGAGUCGGCUCUCAAAGCGCUCUGGGCGGGUUAUCAGCUGAAGCGGGGUGCGGCCAAGCCUUUGUUGCAUGUGGAGAUGGAACCUGGCCAAGCGAUCGAGGCGGCCUUGAACGUGAUCCACCCUUUCACCAUCGAGGCUCCUCUGGCAGCGAUGGAAGAAGCAGCCGUCCUCCAACUUCGGCGCCCGUCUGAGGUGAUCAUGGCUGAGCGGGCGCGGUUGCUACAAUUUUGGCAUGCUCAGGCAGUGGCUUUAUUGCCCCACUCAGUGGCGGCGAUCCGGGCGCUGCCCGAUCCCCAUCUGCGGCGUCUGCUCCUUGGCACUGACGACCUUUCCGUGCCGCGCCUUGGUCAAGUUUGCCACGUCGCAUUGUACGAGGCUAUGCUCAUGGCGUGCGGCUCGGUGGAUCAGUCAUUGCCCUCUUUUCUCUUGCGCGGUUUUCCGAUCGUUGGUGAGAUCGCUCGCUCUGGUCGAUGGCCUCCCUACAAUAAGCCCCAGAAAGACAUCCCGGUGCAAGACGCAUUGGAUAGGGCCUGGGUUCUUCGGAAGAAGAUCAUCCAACGUGUUCAAUCAGUACAGAUCUCUGACAACCUUCAGAAGAUUUGGGAUGCAUCGAUCGAAGAUGUUGAGGAGAAAUCGUGCUUGGGCCCCUUUGUGUCUGAAGAGGAGGUCACGAAAGCUCUUGGGUGCGACGAUUGGAUCCCAACUCAGAGAUUCGAAGUUGUUCAGAAGAAUAAAGUUCGUGGUUGUGACAGCGCCACGACAAACAUGAUCAAUCAGAUCACCCGGAUCUCGGAGAAGCUACAACUGCCUUCUACAGACACGAAUGUCGCAGCUCUGCGCAAGUUGAGAACGAUCAAGCCUGGCGUGAAGCUGGCAGGGUGGGUGCUCGACGAGCGCAAAGCCUAUCGGCAAGUAGCGGUGCGACCUGAUCACCGGAAGUUCUCUGUUAUUUGCUUGAAGAAUCCGAAGACUGGUGCUCCCAAUUUCUUCAUCAUGAUAGGUCACUCAUUUGGCUUGGUCUCAGCUGUAUACAACUACAAUCGCCGAUCGGCGGCCAUUAACGAGUUCUUGGUCUCGCUGUUCGGCUUAGUGGCUUUCAGCUUCUAUGACGACAAAUAUGGUUUUGAACCUCUGGCGAUCGCGGGAAGUGCUCGUGCAGUAGCUGAACAUGUUCAUUUCUGGUUAGGUGCGAAGUUUGAUCAGAAGAAAUUGCAGCUAUCUACAGAGCCCACGAUCCUAGGGGUGACUUACAACCUUGAUCAGAUGCAGUUGGAGAUCAAAGCUGAGCGGAGAGAAGAGAUCACCCAGGAGAUUGAAGCGAUCGUGAAGGCAGGCAUUCUAGACCCUGGCUCGGCGGGGAAGUUGAAAGGUAAGCUCAUGUUUGGCGCUUCUCAGCUCUGGGGAAAAGUUGGACGAGCUUUUCUGAGGGUCAUUUCUGAGCGCCAAUACCUUCGUUUCCCGAUCGGUAGUGAGUUCAAACUAGAUCAACCUCUGCUCGAGUCUUUGCUCCACUGGAAGAAAUUGGUCAAUGAGGGACCGCCGAGGCCGAUCGAAUCAGCUUCAGCUAAACUAGUGGAUGCAGUGAUUUUCACAGAUGGUUUCACGCCGGAUCCUAGGAAGAAGGAACGUUUGCCUGAUCGUGUAGGAGCUGUUCUUUUUGAUAGGCGUUUGAAACGGCCUAUGCAAUUCACGUCAGCUGUCUCCAAAGCCGUUAAGAGGCGGUGGCUUGAGCGCUCGACUCAGAUUGUUCCUGUUGAGAUGGUCGCAGCUGUUCUAGCCCUGGAGACUUUUGCUGAUAGGAUCCGUGGUUCAGAUAUCUUAUUGCUCAUAGAUUCCGAGGCUGUUGAAGGUGCCUUGAUCAAAGGCUACUCGAGCCGAGAGGAUCUCUGUCAAUUAAUAUCUGUAUUUUGGGAUCUUGCAUUUCAGCUCCGAGUGAGAGUUUUUAUCGAUCGGAUCUCAACUGAUGCCAACCCAGCCGAUUGGCCAUCAAGAAAUAAACUUUUCAUAGGCGAGGCCGCAGGCUGGAUCACAGUGAACCCCUGCUGGCCGAAGGCUCUGUUUGAGACUUAG